AUGGUGCCGGGCUAUGACUGCGCCGCCUCCGUGCUGCUGUGCGCGGAGGACAACGCUGCUGUUCUCGGCCUGGACGAGGAGGGGGAGGAGUCCUCUUGGGCGGCAGCCGCUACGCCGCCGCGCGACACCGUCGCCGCCGCCGCCGCCACCGGGGUCGCCAUCGACGGGUUCCUGACGGAGCUCCCCUUGCUCUCGGAUGACUGCGUUGCUUCGCUCGUGGAGAGGGAGGUGGAGCACAUGCCCGCGGAGGGAUACCCCCAGAAGCUUCAGCGACGGCAUGGGGACCUGGAUUUGGCCGCCGUCAGGAAGGACGCCGUCGAUUGGAUUUGGAAGGUCAUUGAGCAUUACAAUUUCGCACCGUUGACUGCAGUUUUAUCUGUGAACUACCUCGAUAGAUUCCUCUCCACGUAUGAGUUUCCUGAAGACAGAGCUUGGAUGACUCAGCUCUUGGCAGUGGCAUGCUUGUCUUUGGCUUCGAAAAUGGAAGAGACUUUUGUGCCACUCCCCUUGGAUUUGCAGGUAGCCGAGACAAAGUUUGUUUUUGAGGGAAGGACCAUAAGAAGGAUGGAGCUUCAUGUGCUAAGAACCUUAAAGUGGAGGAUGCAUGCUGUUACUGCUUGCUCAUUUGUUGAACAUUUUCUUCAUAAGUUGAGUGAUCAUGGUGCACCCUCCUUGCUCGCACGCUCUCGCUCUUCCGAUCUUGUCUUGAGCACUGCUAAAGGUGCUGAAUUUGUGGUAUUCAGACCCUCAGAGAUUGCUGCCAGUGUCGCUCUUGCUGCGAUGGGGGAAUGCAGAAGUUCUGUAAUUGAGAGAGCUGCUAGUAGUUGCAAGUAUUUGAACAAGGAGAGGGUUUUAAGAUGCCAUGAAAUGAUUCAAGAGAAGAUUACUAUGGGAAGCAUUGUCUUAAAGUCUGCUGGAUCAUCAAUUUCCUCUGUGCCACAAAGCCCCAUUGGUGUACUGGAUGCUGCUGCCUGUCUGAGUCAACAAAGCGAUGAUGCUACUGUUGGAUCUCCUGCAUUUGGCCGCCCUGAGGAUUAUGGUUUAGUCAAGUAG